UCAUUUUCAAAUAUCAUUGGAUAUUUCUGUUAGAUUCAGGUAAAACUAUCACUUUGAAACCUUCUACAUUUGGCUACUUUUUCUCUCUCUCUCUCUUUUUCUUUUUCUUUUUCUUUUCUCUUUCUUUCUUUAUACAUCAAGCAAAUUCAAUACCUGCCUCUCUUCUUUCCUGGGUUUACUCUCAUAUUUUUUUCUCAUCAAAUUUACUCCCACACCCUCUUGCUUGUUGCAUCGAGAUUAGAUAAUAGGAUCUGGGGAUUCAAGAAGAAACUAUUUUCAAUCAUACUUAGUUGAUUGUUUCUUUUGUGGAUUUCGUGGGAAAGAUUGGUCUUUUGUUCCUUGAUGCUGUUUGUGUUUGCAACUGAUGAAUGCUAGUUUUCAGUAUUCUCUGCUGAAAUUUUUGCCAAAAGAGGAUUUGUUGAGAGGGUUCUUGGACCUUUUGGGGACAAAUAGCUGUUUCUUGGAGAUUAGUAUGAAAAUUUGAGGUGGGAUUUUUGGUGAACUGAUUUGUCAAUGGCAGGAGAAGAUUUAAUUGAACUGAAAUUCAGGCUGGCAGAUGGUACUGAUAUUGGGCCUAACAAAUAUACUCCAGCAACUACAGUGGUAACUCUCAAAGAGAAGAUAAUUGCACAGUGGCCAAAAGAUAAAGAAAAUGGUCCAAAGACUGUCAAUGAUUUGAAACUCAUAAAUGGUGGAAAGAUACUGGAAAACAACAGGACACUUGCUGAGUCCAGACUUCCAGUUGGUGAACUUCCAGGAGGUGUCAUCACCAUGCAUGUUGUUCUGCGACCUCCCAUGCCAGAGAAAAUCAGUGACAAGCUCCGGAAGGAUUCUUCAAAGAAGACAGGGUGCUCAUGCUCAAUCUUGUAGUUAUGAGUGACUAAAAUCACUGAGGUUUCUCAAGCUGGUGUUGUUUCUUCUCGAAGUAUUUGAUUAGAUGGUAGUUGAGAUGCAGUUCAGAAAUCAAAACUGUUUCCAAACUGUGUCAAGUGGCCUAAGAAAAGCCUUGACUAUAUGUUUCAGGAAUUCCUAGUUCUGAGUGGCCUCAGAAGAUGCUCUAAAACUAUGUUUCUUCCACUGGUUUCCUUUAGUAAAUUACUCUGUAGUUCCUUCAUUAAUUGUGAAUGCAAAAAGGAAUUAAGAUCAGUGAGCUAGAAGUUAGUUGAUCAAGAGGGUUUCUUCUAUCAGCAUGAAGUGGAAAAAGGAAUAAAAAGUAGAGAAAAAGAAAACAACAUAUAGAAGAAGUUAUUGAUUUGGUUUGAUUUUUGUUGUAAUCAGACUGCUUACAGAACAGUGCAACAAAUAAUUGUUUCAUAUGAUCAGUAAAGUUUGUAAUUUGUCUUCC